AUGGCAUCUUGGUUUUUUAUUAUCAACGUUCUCCUUCUCUUAUCAAGUACCCAUUUACAAGCUCGUUUUCGAGCUCAUUCAAAACGACGAUAUGCAAUAUCUGCUCAAUCUUUUCUACCAUCAUUUCCUCCUAGCAAUAAUAAUUUACAUGUUGAUGCUGGUGAACGACAUGAAACAAAUGAUGAACAGUCUUGGGUUGAAACAAUGAAAGAUUUAACAAGUACAACAUCAACUCCAUCGCAAUAUCAAGCGAGUGAUGAACAAGUUCAACAAUUUACACGUCUUUUAAUUGAUCGUUUAAAUUUGAAAGAAGCACCAAAUGUAACAGUGAACGUUAAUGAUGAUAUAGGUUUACCAGAAUCAAUUUUAAAACAAUUAGGAGAACAUCAAGCUGCCACUGACAGUGCAGAGAAUAAUUACUAUCGACAACAGAAAAUUCAAGAUGAAGUUCAACCAACAGCUGAGCGUGCAAUCUUACCUGGUGAUUAUAUAUCAAAUCAUACUUGUCAACACCAACUAUCAUCAAAAUUGAAUCUUGAUGAUAACGACGUCAAAAAUAUUGAUUGUUUUCGUUUUACAAAAGAAUCAAAAAGUUUGCCAACGAAUCAAGUCAUUAAUGAAUUACGUUUAUAUGUAAAAAGAAAUUAUUUUAAUUUACAUGAACAACAUAAAAAACUAACACCAGAUAUGUUUCAAGUCUAUCAAGUAUUUCGACCAACAUCAAAUAAUACAGUACAUAAUCCACCACCUGGUCUUACAGGUACAACACGUUUAUCAAUAAAUGAAGUUAAAGAAUUAAAUGACAAUUGGUUUGAAUUAACUCUUGAACCAAAUAAUGAAGGUACGAAUAUACAACAACUUUAUAAACAACUUAUUAUGCCUUGGUAUGGACUUGCAAUCGAUCGUGAUCUUCAAUUAUCAUCAUCGACGCCACGAUCAUUACAAUCUUCUAAUCGUUAUUAUUAUCGACAAUAUCAUACAAAAAAACAUGACACCUUUUCAAAACGUUCAGACAAUGAAGAUCAAAACAAUAAAGAAUCACAACAACAACUUCCAUAUAUGUUAGUUGAAUAUGGUGACAAACUUUUUCCAUCAUCAUCAGGACGUCGUGGUACACGUGAUGCUACUGCACGUCCGGCACGUGGAUUUUUACCAUCAAUUCGAGCUCAAUCAACAUUAACUUAUGGUAUAAUUGGAACAUCAACACAUUUACGUUGCUCAGCUACAGCACCAUUUGAUACAUCAUUAUAUUGGCGUCGUAUAGAUAAUAAUAAUAUAUCAAGUCAAUCACCAAGAUUUCGUCAACAACAACAUAUUCACGGUGAACUUUUACAUACAACAUUAUAUAUCAAAGAUCUUGAAAAAGCAGAUUUUGGUUUAUAUGCUUGUCAUGCGGAAUCAAAAGGUGGUCGAAGUAAAGCUACUAUUGAAUUGAAAGAACAUCAUCAUUCAACAACACCGACAACAACCACCACAAUCCAUACUUCUACUAUAUAUCAAAUAUUAGAUAAGAAUGAAAUCAUAUUAACUACAACUUCACGUACACAAUUACUUAAACGAAAUAAAAUUUCAGAUCAAGCAACAAUUGUUAUAAAAACUAAUCAUGCAUCAUCAUCAUUAUCAUUUCUUUCUUUUUAUCUUUUAAUUUUAAUAAUUUCUUUUCUUUAUUUGUAA